AAUUAUAAACUAAACAAUAGUCCAAUUUUCCAUUAUCCAGAAACAAUGUUAACUCUUUCUUGUUCUGCACUUUCUCAAUCACCACCACCACAACAACCACCUUCCAUAUCCAAAUUCAUCUCCAACCACCCAUGUCUCACCAUGCUCCAAAACCACUGCACCACCAUCAACCACUUCCACCAAAUCUACCCUCACAUCAUCAAAACUGGCCUUACCCUCAACCCAAUUGCUUCCACACGUGCACUCACCUUCUGUGCCUCACCAUCUGGCAACAUCAACUAUGCCUACAAACUGUUUGUCAGAAUGCCAAACCCAAAUCUUUAUUCUUGGAACACAAUUAUCAGAGCUUUUUCUAGAUCCUCAACACCACAAUUUGCUAUAUCACUUUUUGUUGAUAUGUUGUAUUCGCAAAUUCAACCUCAAUAUUUGACUUACCCUUCUGUUUUCAAAGCCUAUGCUCAACUGGGUCAUGCCCAUUAUGGAGCUCAGCUUCAUGGUAGGGUUGUGAAAUUAGGUCUUCAAAAUGAUCAAUUUAUUUGUAAUACUAUUAUUUAUAUGUAUGCUAAUGGUGGAUUAAUGAGUGAAGCUAGAAGAGUUUUUGAUGGAAAAAAAUUGGAACUUUAUGAUCAUGAUGUUGUAGCUAUUAAUUCAAUGAUUAUGGGUUAUGCUAAAUGUGGUGAGAUUGAUGAAUCUAGGAAUUUGUUUGAUGAUAUGAUUACAAGAACUUCAGUUAGUUGGAAUUCUAUGAUUAGUGGAUAUGUUAGGAAUGGGAAAUUAAUGGAGGCGUUAGAGCUUUUCAAUAAGAUGCAAGUUGAAGGGUUUGAAGUAAGUGAGUUUACAAUGGUGAGUUUGUUAAAUGCUUGUGCUCAUUUAGGAGCACUUCAACAUGGGAAAUGGGUUCAUGAUUAUAUAAAAAGGAAUCAUUUUGAGUUGAAUGUUAUUGUUGUUACAGCAAUAAUUGACAUGUAUUGUAAGUGUGGGUCUGUUGAAAAUGCUGUUGAAGUUUUUGAGACAUGCCCUAGAAGAGGAUUGUCAUGUUGGAACUCUAUUAUAAUUGGGCUAGCCAUGAAUGGUCAUGAAAGAGAAGCUUUUGAGUUCUUCUCUAAGCUUGAAUCUUCGAAAUUGUUAAAGCCAGAUUCUGUAAGUUUUAUUGGUGUUUUAACUGCUUGUAAACAUUUAGGAGCAAUUAAUAAAGCAAGGGACUAUUUUGAAUUGAUGAUGAAUAAGUAUGAAAUUGAACCAUCAAUAAAACACUAUACUUGUAUUGUUGAUGUACUGGGUCAAGCUGGACUCCUAGAAGAAGCAGAAGAACUCAUAAAGGGCAUGCCUUUAAAGCCAGAUGCCAUUAUAUGGGGAUCUUUGCUUUCAUCUUGUAGGAAGCAUAGGAAUGUACAGAUUGCGAGACGAGCUGCGCAAAGGGUUUAUGAGUUAAAUCCAAGUGAUGCUAGUGGUUACGUACUUAUGUCUAAUGUUCAUGCCGCGUCCAACAAAUUUGAAGAGGCAAUAGAGCAAAGGCUUUUAAUGAAGGAAAACUUGACAGAAAAAGAACCGGGUUGUAGUUCAAUUGAAUUAUAUGGAGAGGUUCAUGAGUUUAUAGCUGGGGGAAGGCUGCAUCCUAAAACUCAAGAGAUCUACCAUUUAUUGAAUGACUCCAGUUUUGCAUUUCAAGAUUGAUUAUCCGUAAAAUGAUGAACUUGUGAAGUUUUGUCAUUAAUCUGUAUAAAGAAGUAAUAGCUUUAAUAUAGAGAUGAUUUACAAUAGAUUAGAGUCACACCAUCUAAAUAUCCAUUUCGCUUGUUCAUAUAGUUACUUAGAAGCAUUUGGAUUUACUGUAAUUUAUAGAUUUACGUAGAAAAAGAAAGUUCAUCUUGUUAUUUGAAAGAGUAUAUUUUAAUGGAAUUUAAAUUAGGUUUUUGCUUACGUAUAAA